AUGAAAUGUGAAAAGAUGUCGGAAGACCUAGGUGGUGAGGAUGCUGCUAGUGCAGUCCCGUCCGUGUUGAUGUUUGGUCUUAAUUAUGUUGCAUUGGAGAUGGAAUGUGCACAACUAGAACUAGAAUCUUCCGAGGCUAUUAAAAGAGCUACAAAUGCCAAACGGUAUGCCGCGGCAGCUUUACGAGCAGAUACCUAUCUGCAAUGCACGCAAAGUUAUGUAUGUGAUAACACCACCGCCAGGUUUGUGAACUGGAACGGGUCGGUCAAUUCGGCAGAUGGAGAAAUUGUCAAUUUUGACUACGUUAACAUCAACUUCUUUGUGGAGCCAGGUUUUCUGAAGCAUUACGACUCCAACCUUCGAAUAUUCAUGUCUCCUUAUCAGAUCUAUUACUUCUACCGUGUUGCCAAGCAAGGAGCGCACAUUUCCACUGAUGACUGCUGGAAUGCAGAUGUAUGA